GCCACGUUGGACCCGCGCGGGCCACUCACCCGCUCCAAACUUCUGGUCAUCCUCGUCCUCGCCUUCCUCCUCCUCCUCCUCGAUCCCAACCCAAUUCCCCCGCGGCCGCAUGUAGAGCUAGCCCCACCCGGCGAGCUCUCCCACCUCCUCCAUGGCGAUGGCGGUGCUGCUCCGCAAGGUGUGGGGCUCCGUGCUGGCCCGCGCGGCGGCGGGGGCGGCGCCGCCGGAGGCCUUCGCCGCCGCCGCCUCCCCGCGCCGCCCGCAGGCCGCCGGGGAGUACGGCUCGCUGGGCGCGCUCGACGUUCUCCCGAUCGACGUGCUCGCGCAGAUCCUGCGCCUGCUCGGCCCCGCCGACGCCGCGCGGUCCACCGCCGUGUGCCGCGCCUGGCGCCUGCUCGCCUCCGACAAUGGCCUGUGGGCCUUCUUCCUCCGCCUCGGCCCCGAUCCGUGGGAGCUCGUCGUCUUCGCCGAGACCCACCUCGGCGCUGGCCCGGCCUUGCACCCCGGGCUGUACUACGAUAGCUCGCCGCAGCUUUCGUUCAAGCAUGUUUACACCCGUCGAGCGGUGGUUCCUGGUUCGAUUAUAGUCGAUGGUGGAUCGGGAUAUUGUAAGUACGGAUGGAGCAAGUAUGCUGCUCCAUCUGGGCGUUGUGCGACAUUCUUGGAAUUUGGCAACAUCGAGUCACCUAUGUAUGCAAGGCUUCGUCACUUCUUGUCCACAAUCUACACCAGGAUGCAAGUAAAGCCUUCUACUCAACCAAUUAUUGUUGUUCUUCCACUCUGCCACUCGGAUGAUACUGAGUCUGCUAGGGCUUCAAGAAAGCAAUACAGGGACACAUUAUACUCGGUUCUGUUCGAUAUGAAUGUUCCUGCUGUUUGUUCUGUUGAUCAGGCAGUUCUAGCUUUAUAUGCUGCUAAACGAACUUCUGGUAUUGUUGUCAACAUUGGAUUUAAUGCCACAUCUAUUGUUCCUAUAUUUCAAGGUAGGGUAAUGCAUGAGAUAGGUGUUGAAACUGUGGGGCAAGGUGCCCUCAAACUUACUGGAUUUCUGAAGGAACUAAUGCAGCAGAGAAAUAUAACAUUUGAGUCACUGUACACUGUUCGAACCAUCAAAGAGAAACUUUGUUACGUCGCGGCUGAUUAUGAAGCAGAAAAACGUAAAGAUACACAAGCUUCCUGUGAAGUAGAUGGUGAAGGAUGGUUUACUCUGUCUGAAGAAAGGUUCAAGACUGCAGAAAUCCUUUUCCAGCCCCAGAUUGGAGGAGUGCGUGCUAUGGGCUUGCAUAAAGCAGUAUCUCUGUGUAUGGAUCACUGCUACAAUUCAGAAGUGUUCGGUGAUGACAACUGGUACAAGACAGUAGUUUUAUCCGGUGGAUCUUCAUGCUUACCUGGUUUAUCAGAGAGACUGGAAAAGGAGCUCCGUGAACUUCUUCCAGCACAUAUUUCAGAAGGGAUAAGGGUUAUUCCUCCCCCAUUUGGCACCGAUUCUGCCUGGUUUGGUGCAAAAAUGAUUAGCAACGUGAGCACUUUCACGGAGGCAUGGUGCAUCAAGAAGAAGCAGUUUCGCCAGAAGACUCGUCGCAAUGGUCCAUCUUUUGUGAAUGUGUGGUAAUAGAGCCAUAUAAUUGCAAUACGAUUGCACGGGAAGAGUCCGUGAUGAGGGGAAAUAAACAUGGGGCUGUCUGUUAGCUUUUCUCCAUAUCCAGAGUACGGUACAUAGCAAUAUAGCCUAGUCCCAGGUGUAUAGAACAAAAGUGAAGUCCACAUUGUGUAGAAAUGGACUACAGGUGAAUACAUAAUAUACUAUUGUUUUUAUUAUAGGAUGUUGUAGAAGGAAAUGCUCCAACACGAUGUACGGACGUGAAUUUUGUUGUCGAUUGGCAAAAGAGACCUGCUGUUGUUUGUUGUGAAAGUAUAUCUUAUAUAUAUGGUUGAGAAAUGUGUAACUUAUGGUCCCUGUCAUAAAAAUAAAUUUGGAUAUUGCACAACAGGUUUUCUUUUGAUAAAUUGCACAACAGUUUUGGAGCAACAGGCGUUAGUCUCGAGCAUGGUAAGGCCAAUACCGAUACAAGCGAGUUUCAACCAUAUGAAACUAGAUGCACAAAGUAAACUAUAAAACUGGUUAAAACUAGCAUUGGAAGACUUGAGUGUUUCAGUUCAUCUAACUAUAUUCAAUUCCAUCCGUUGUCACAAGCAACCUAUGAGACCACGAAAUAAAAUUACACAUUGAAGAUCUUAUUUUAUUGACUGACUUCAAAUCUCUUUGACAUACACUCUUGAUAGAACUCUCCAUCCUAAUGCUAGAAGGCAACAUCGCCUCCGAUAGCCCAUCUGUACCCAUACACAUUAAUUCUCAGGCGUCGGCCAUGCUGUGCUUGUACCUUUCCUCUUUAACGUAUAAUGACGUAAUGUAACCCCUUUUUAUAGCCUGGUCUUAGCAACGAUCAUUAUGAUAAGGUGACUGCACUUAAGAAACGUGUAAGCUGAACCUAAAGUACAUUCAGCAACACGCAAAAUCUUCAUCCGUGCCGUGUUGAUCACAUAUAAAUCAUAGCUAUGGCACCGACAAAGCACGAAUAAUAAAUAUGAUUUAGGAAACGACUUAAAUAACAGAACAGUCAGGUAGAACAGACUACCAGACUGAAACGGACUUCACAAGGUAGGGUACAUAUGAGUUCAACUGGGCACAACAGCCCUCAAAAGUCCAUUCAUACUUCGUUGGGGGGAGAGUGGUGACUUGAUGGUUAUUUAGGUGAUAACGUCGUUGGGUUUCGACACGUCCACCAGUUUGGCUGGC